GAAGAGAGGGACGGGUUUCAGGGUUGGAAAGUCAGGCCUGUUUUGUUCAGGGGAGCCGCUCAGCAGCCCGGUUCUUUGUGUGGACCCUCAGAUUUUUCAGUCAUCAGAGAUCUGUCUGUGCUGAGUUUGAGAGUGUAGGAAUUGAGGAUGGCGGUCCGGAUGUUGAUGGUGUGCGCGCUCGCUACGUUGGUUUGUCGGGUGUGGAGCUCUGCAGAACCUCACCAUAGUGAGGAAGAGUUGCAUCCUCAGGUCCUUCACCCAUGGAGAAGUAGAGGCAAAGGGCUGAUCAGAGUAAAGAGGGACUGGAUCAUUCCUCCAAUCAGAGUGUCAGAGAAUAGCAAGCAGAUUCCUGAAGACCUUGUCCAGAUCAAAUCUGACAAAAUCUUCACCGGUGAGGUAAUCUACAAGUUAGAGGGACAGGGGGUUGACCAGGAGCCCAAGAACCUGUUUGAGAUUGAUGACAAGACAGGGGUGAUCAGGAGCAAGCAGCCACUGGACAGAGAGAAGUACAGCAACUUCACGCUUAAAGCCUUCGCGUUGUCCCCCAGUGGAGAGCGACUGGAGAAUCCGACCACCAUAGAGAUAUUAGUGCUGGAUCAGAAUGACAAUAGACCUGUCUUCCCUCACAGCCCGUUUGUGGGCACUGUCUCUGAGUUCUCAGUCCCAGGCACAUCGGUAAUGACAGUGACAGCCACAGAUGUAGACGACCCAAUGACAGAAAACGCUGUUCUGAGCUACUCCAUCAUUGACCAGGAGAGCAUUCCUCCCAACGCCAUUACCAAGAUCAUGUUUGGCAUCAACAACAAGACAGGUGCCAUCUACACAAGAGAUGUAGGCCUGGACAGAGAGGUGGUGAAAGAAUUCAGGUUAAAACUACAGGUGGCUGAUAUGGGGGGCAUGGGACUAACAAGUGAAGGUGUGGCAAUCAUACAUGUUUCUGACAUCAACAACCACGCACCGCAGUUCAGCCCUGACUCAUACAACAUGACAGCGGUGGAGAACAGGAACGACUACGAGCUCGGGCGAGUGAAUGUGACAGACAGAGACGAUACUGGAACGAAAAACUGGAAGGCCAGAUACUUCAUUUCAAAUGACUACAGAGGAAACUUUGCUGUCCAUACUGAUCCCAUCACCAACCAGGGGGUCCUCACAGUGGUGAAGCCCCUGGAUUAUGAAGCGCAGAGCGAAUACCGCCUUCUUUUGAGCGUGGAAAAUCUUAAUCCUCCGAGCAGCAAGGCUUCCAGGCUGACUUUGAGCUCUGCCACAGUUACGGUCAUCGUUGUGAAUGAGAAUGAAGCCCCACGUUUCAGAGAGGAGCCCAUACAGAUUGAGGUCCUCGAGUCUGUGAAACCUGGCACAUUACUGAAAAACAAUAUUGCCUUUGACCCUGAUAAUUCUGAUCUGAGGUAUGAGAUUAGCAGAGAUCCUGAGAGUUGGCUGGACAUCAACAGAGAUACAGGAGACAUUACAGCAAAGAGGAAGUUUAACAUGAGAUCUCCACAUGUGAAAAACAGUAUCUACACUGCUGCUGUGAAGGUUAUAGAUGCUGGUGGUGUUUCAGCCACUGCUACAGUGGCGAUUACACUCAAAGAGACGAAUGACUUCCCUCCUCAGGUUUUCCCCCUGACUGGCUUUGUAUGCAGAGGCGGCAGCAGGUCACGUAAAGGUUUGCUUCUGACUGCUGUAGAUGAAGACCUUCCUCCGCAAGCUGCACCCUUCCUCUUUCAAAUACCUGACGAUCUGUCAGCCAACUGGACCAUCACUCAAGUAAAUGAUACUCAUGCCAUGCUUCAGCCGCUUGUAGACCUGGAGUUCAGAGACUAUGCUGUCAUGGUGCAGGUAUCGGACUCCGGCAGCCCAGCUCUGAGUGCUGAGGCUCAGGUCAAUGUCACUGUUUGUCUCUGUGACUCCUUCAGAGACUGCAAGUCUGAGGCAGGGGCAAUCUUAGGCUCCAGUGUGGGAAUCAACUUCAUCGCACUCAUUAUCAUUGCGGCGAGCACUGCACUCCUGCUGUUGCUUCUCCUCCUGGCUGUUGCUGUUACUGCCUGUGGAAGACGCCACCACAUCAAGAAAGGAACAGGACUGCUCAUCGGGGAAUCUGAAGACGACAUACGUGACAAUGUCUUCAACUAUGAUGAGCAAGGUGGAGGCGAGGAGGAUGAGAACGCCUUUAAUAUUGACCUGCUGUGGAAUCCCCAUGAUGCACCCCCCACCCCGGGGUCCUUUUACCCAGGGUCUGGAAUUCCUCCUCGAGGGAAGCAGCCCCUUAGAAAGGACGCCCCACAUAACCUUCCAUCGCCCACCUACCCACGGAGGCCUCCUGCAGAUCCUACUGACAUCGAGGACUACAUUAAUGACGGCCUGGAAGCUGCUGACCAUGAUCCAAAUGUGCCUCCAUACGACACCGCCCUCAUAUAUGACUAUGAAGGAGAUGGCUCUCUUGCAGGAAGCCUCAGCUCUAUUGCUUCGGGUAGCUCUGAUGGAGAUCAGGAUUACGACUACCUUAAUGACUGGGGACCACGCUUUAAGAAACUUGCCAACAUGUAUGACCCGCGUUAGGGUGAACAGUAUGCCACAGAAAGGAUGCCUGUGUGAUUGACAAGCAGUUCAGGACACAGAUCAUGCCUUUGGAGGUUUGUUUGUUUUUUUCUUUCUGGGCACAUUUGAAAUGUCCAGAGCAAGAUUUAAAGUGUGUCCAGGUAAAACGAAUGCUGUAAAAGCACAGGCCUUAGAUCUAAUGUGCCUCGUGUUUUAGUGGACACACUGACAAAAGGGCUCACUGCUAAGUUUUGUGGUUAGCUCAGGAAAAGAAAGUGAGACAGUGAGAAAUUUGAGUUGAAAGGAUCAGUCACGAGGAAACGAGGUGUGCAUGCUACAGGGCAAAAAAUGUGUUAAAAUGUGCGUUCAUGUCUGGCGUUGUUUGCUCUCAUUCUUGGAUGGCUCAGUAAUGACUCAUACAAGCCUGAGAUUUUAAAUAUGUUCUUGUUUUUGUAUACAUGAUUAUUUUAUAAGACUAAUUUUCUUGCAUAUUAAAUUUGCCUUUUUUGGUGACUGAUCCUUCAUUCCAGCAUCUGUUAAUCUUUUUGGAAGCCAUGUCAACAAACAUACUGAACCAUAAAAUAUUCUGUAAUUACUCUUUUUGGAAGUGAAGAUUUUUUUUACAUAUAUGCAUAUAUGCACGAUUCUACCCGUGUCUAAUGAAUAAACCAGAACCUUUUUACUGUGUUUCUUGU